AUGUCGUCCAUUGAUCCAUCAUCCGGACUUCAAUUGAUCUCUCUUCUGCUCCACUGCGAUCCCGAUGCGCUUCAUGAUGGAGUGGUUGAGACGCAUACCCGAUCGUCCGAGACUGAGUCCUGGGCCGCCUUAUCGUCGCAUUCUGAGCGCAUUGCAGCAAUACUGACCGACGCGCCCGAGGAGCCUGAGAUCAAGGGCGACUCCCACCCAGCGACCCGAGUUCUUCGCCAAGGUCGGCAUGGAUCCCUAGAAUUACAUAGGCGCCCGGCUGCCCUGGACUCCCCCAAGCGAGCACCGGCCAGCGGCCAGGGCAGUGCUUGCAGCGAGCCUUCACCGUUUGCCAGGCUCCUUCGGUGGGAACAGUACCCUGACCACCCUGAACACCACGUGGAGCAGGCGAUCUUCAUCCAUGAUAAUGGACCAGGUCACCUUCAACCCGUCCGCCGGGGCAUCAAUUUUGACAAAUGGCUCUGCAAUGAUGGACUAGGACAUCAGUUCGUGACCGCCUCGCUUGCGCAGCGAUCUAUUACUUCAUUCGGCUGGCGGACAUGA